UCAAGACCCGGCUGCAACGCUGAGCGGAGGAGGCAGGAACCGGAGCCCGAGCAGUAGCUGGGUGGGCACCAUGGCUGGGAUCACCACCAUCGAGGCGGUGAAGCGCAAGAUCCAGGUUCUGCAGCAGCAGGCAGAUGAUGCAGAGGAGCGAGCUGAGCGCCUCCAACGAGAAGUUGAGGGAGAAAGGCGGGCUUGGGAACAGGCUGAGGCUGAGGUGGCCUCCUUGAAUCGUAGGAUCCAGCUGGUUGAAGAGGAGCUGGACCGUGCUCAGGAGCGGCUGGCCACUGCCCUGCAAAAACUGGAAGAAGCGGAAAAAGCUGCUGAUGAGAGUGAGAGAGGUAUGAAGGUUAUUGAAAACCGGGCCUUAAAAGAUGAAGAAAAGAUGGAACUCCAGGAAAUCCAACUCAAAGAAGCUAAGCACAUUGCAGAAGAGGCAGAUAGGAAGUAUGAAGAGGUGGCUCGUAAGUUGGUGAUCAUUGAAGGAGUCUUGGAACGCACAGAGGAACGAGCUGAGCUGGCAGAGUCCCGUUGCCGAGAGAUGGAUGAGCAGAUUAGACUGAUGGACCAGAACCUGAAGUGUCUGAGUGCUGCUGAAGAAAAGUACUCUCAAAAAGAAGACAAAUAUGAGGAAGAGAUCAAGAUUCUUACUGAUAAACUCAAGGAGGCAGAGACCCGUGCUGAGUUUGCUGAGAGAUCGGUAGCCAAGCUGGAAAAGACAAUUGAUGACUUGGAAGAUAAACUGAAAUGCACCAAAGAGGAGCACCUCUGUACACAAAGGAUGCUGGACCAGACUCUGCUUGACCUGAAUGAGAUGUAGAACGCCCCAGUCCCACCCUGCUGCUGCUCCUCCCUCUGACCCAGACUCCGCCUGAGGCCAGCGUGCCUGAAGCUGACCUUUAACUGAGGGCUGAUCUUUAACUGGAAGGCUGCUUUCUCCUUUCGCCGCCCCUUCCUUCCCUGUGUCUUUUUCGCCAAACUGUCUCUGCCUCUUCCCGAACAUUCCAGCUGGGCUAGAGGCUGAGCACCUUUGGAAACAACAUUUAAGGGAAUGUGGGCACAAUGCAUAAUGUCUUUAAAAAGCAUGUUGUGAUGUACACAUUUUGUAAUUACCUUUUUGUUGUUUUGUAGCAAACAUUUGUAAAACAUUCCAAAUAAUUCCACAGCCCUGAAGCAGCAAUCGAAUCCCUUUCUCACUUUUGGAAGGUGACUUUUCACCUUAGUGCAUAUUCCCGUCUCCAUAGAGGAGAGGAAAAGGUAUAAGCCUGCCUUACUGAGAGCCGAACAGAGCCCAGGGAGACUCCACUAUGGGAAACCUCAUUGCUCUGUACAAAGUACUAGCUAAACCAGAAAGGUGAUUCCAGGAGGAGUUAGCCAAACAACAAAAACAAAAGAAUGUGCUGUUCAAGUUUUCAGCUUUAAGAUAUCUUUGGAUCAUGUUAUUUCUAUUUUUAUUUUUUUUCAUUAGAAGUGAACAAAUUAAGAUGGUAAGACUUCUGAGACCAAAAUUUUGUCCCAUCUCUACCCCCUCCCAACUCUUUAACAGAGUGGAUCAUGUCCCCCUUACGUUGAGGUGACCACUUAAUUGCUUUCCUGCCUCCUUGAAAGAAA